UACAAGAUGAUUGCAGCUGACCGUAGCGCGGGAGCACGCGGGACGCGACCAACGUUGCGCAAAUCUGCGUUACCGACUUGGCAAAUGGACGUUGGCUACGUAGUUGACGUCCACGUUUUCUAAUGCCGCCGAGGGCGUACCGUACUUCGAGGAUCGCCUAAAACCCCGGCCCGUGGCAGCUCUUGAGGCUUCUCUCUGGUCUAACCUAGCAUAAUCUUAAGUUUUAAACGCAAGUGUAAUCAUCCGACAACAGACACCUCAAGUAUGGUAUUGUGCUUUCGCGGCUUUUAUCAUUAUUACUGAAUGGUGAAAAAUUGUUUGAUUAUUAUCGGAAAACUGUUAUUUUAUUAUUGAGAGUAAUAAUUAUAAACAAGUCGUAGAUUCCAUGGCAUUUCCACUAAAUGACCAGGUCUACACAAAAUCCUUUACUCCCAGGGAGUAUGAGGUAGAGCUUUUUUAUGCAGCGAAAGAAAAGGACAUAAUUGUCUGUUUGGGAAAAAAUUCCGAGCAAACCUUUCUUUCAAUAAAGUUGAUCCAAGAAUUUGCUACGAACAAUAGAAGAACAGUAAGCGAUGGUGGAAAGCGGGCAAUGUAUAUAUUAAACGACGAAGAUAAGUCUACAAUAAUAGGAACUUAUAUAAAACAAUUGACAGAUCUGAAAGUAUUAACAUGUGACUCUGGUGUACUUGAGGGGUUUGACAAAAGUUUUCAAAGUUCUCACGUAUUAGUUGGAACAUCAAAAAUCUACGCACAACUAAUAUCGGAAAAGAAACUUUUGCCGUGUCACAUAAAUCUAGUCAUAGUAGACGAGUGCCAUAAGUCUAUCGAAGAUAGCAGUCUAAAGUUUGUUCUUCAAACUUUUCUAUUGUGCAGCAGUGUUCCUAGGAUAAUCGGGCUAGCGGUACCAGUGUUUAAUUUGACGCAAGAACCUGGAAGAUUAGGGUUAGAGAUAGAAAAAGUAGAGGCUGCCUUUCAGUGUGAAGUAGAAACCGCUAAUGAUAUUCUUUCGAUAAUACGUUAUAGCCCAAAACCAAGAGAGUAUGUCGUGGAGUACGAUAGAGGAGAAAAGAAAGACUUGUAUAAUACGCUUAAAGAUUGCGUGCUACAUGCCAUUGAAUUUUUACGCGAUCAUCGGUACGACCCAAUGGAGAUUUAUACCGAAGAAUUUUACGAGGAUAUUCAAAAAAUCCCCGAUCCCAUACAAAAGCCGUUUGAGAUGAUGCAAGAUUUUUUGCAUAUACUAGAAACUCUUGGACCAUGGUGUGCGGAUCGCGCCGCUCUAACGUUACUAUUUUUAACGGAAAAAUUGAAAAUCAAAACUCCUUAUGAAAGGCAUUAUCUUUUAUUAAAUAUGAUGACAUCUGUUUUCAUAAAAAUACGUGCCCUUUGUGAUAAUGAUUUUCAACAUUUAUCCGAGAAGGAAAGAAUAUAUCAAUAUAGUACUCCGAAAGUUCAUCGACUACUGGAAAUCUUAAAAAUUUAUACACCUUUUUAUACUAAAGAGAUUAACACCCCGGAGAAAAAGGCAAGUGCUGAUAACAAUUCAAAGAAUUGUGUCACAAAAAGUGACAAAAACACUUCUUUCUCGAGAACUCAGGAAAAACCUGUACAGUUGAAAAGGUUUGGUGGUAAUUGGAAGUCUAAUGAUGACAAUUACAAAAAGGCGUUCAGAUCACAACGUUAUCCCUGUAGUGGUACAGACCCUGAUCUACUCUGUGGAGUAAUUUUUGUGGAUAAAGGAUUUACAGCUAAAGUCUUAUUUUAUUUAUUAAGUGAAAUAUGUAAGCACGACGAAGAUUUGCACUUUUUAUCGCCUCUUUAUACAAUUGAAAGAAGCAUUGACGAAGUUGGUUAUUCGAGAGAUUUAGAAUUGGAACAUCGGAAGCAGGAAGAAGUCCUGAAGCGAUUUAGGAUUCACGAAUGCAACUUGUUGAUCGCAACUUCAAUCUUGGAAGAAGGUAUUGAUAUUCCAAAAUGCAAUUUUGUGAUGAGGUAUGACUUUCCGAAGAAUUAUCAGUCAUACAUACAAUGCAAGAGUAGAGCAAGAGCCAUGGAUGCCUUGCAUGUAUUAUUAGUGCCACAAGAAACAUCUAAAGACUUUAUAUGGCAGUUAGCUCAAUAUCAAUAUAUAGAAAAGACUUUAUUAUUAAAAUGUUCUAAUAAAGAGCUAACUGAGAACGAAGAGAAUGAAGCAGACAUGUAUGCUGCAAUGAUACCACAUUACAAACCGCUCGAUGGUGAUGACGCUCCCAAAGUAACUUUUAAUUCUGCCAUUUCAUUAGUUAAUAGGUAUUGUGCGAAAUUACCUAGCGAUACUUUCACGAGAUUAACACCAGAGUGGUGUAUCGAAACAGUGGAUGUCCACGAUGUGAUUAAGUAUAUCUGUUUCCUACGACUUCCUAUAAAUUCACCGUUGAAAUAUGUAGUUACGUCAUAUCCUAUGCCGAAUAGAGCGAUGGCUAGACGUAUGGCUGCCCUGCAAAUGUGCAUCGAUCUACAUCGAGGAAACGAGAUAGACGAUAAUUUGUUACCUAUUGGAAAGGAAAAUUUCAAAGCCAAGCCUGAAGAUGCAGAAGUACCGGCUUUGCCAGAUGAGAGCAGAGUUGACUUUUCGGAAGCUAGACCGGGAACGACAAAACGGAGACAAUAUUACUAUAAAAAGACAGCUGAAGCACUAACGGAUUGUAGACCAAUAGUGGGAGUACCAUCUUAUUUAUAUCACAUUAAUAUGGUACUAAGUUGUCCUUUGCCAGAGGAACAAAAUACGCGAGGUAGACGAAUUUAUCCCCCUGAAGAAUCGGCCAUUGGAUUUGGCAUACUUACGUUGAAGGAGAUACCUAAGUUGUGUCCGUUCCCUAUUUAUACUAGAUCAGGCGAAGUUCACGUGCAAUUAAAACUUAGUAAGGAGACUGUAAUCCUGGAUGAUGUUCAGAUAGAAAGAGUCGAUACUUUCCUUAAUUAUACCUUUACAAACGUUCUGAGAUUACAGAAAUAUCUAAUGCUCUUUGAUCCAAACGCUUCCGAAAAUUCAUAUAUAAUUGUACCAGUAAAAAUAUUUACGACGUACGAAGGGUCAGAUGUUAGCGUGGAUUGGAAUUUUUUGGAAUGCAUUUAUCAGAAUCGAAAUGCAGUGCCAACUAAGGUUCCAGAAGAAGAUAGGAAAAAUUUUGUAUUCGAUCCAUCCAAAUAUUAUGACGCUGUAAUCAUGCCGUGGUACAGAAGUCAAGAUCAGCCGCAGUACUUCUAUGUAGCGGAAAUAUGCACAAACUUAAAUCCAAAGUCUUCUUUUCCUGGCCACGACUAUAGCACUUUCGAAGAAUAUUACUUGAAGAAAUACGGUAUACAAAUACAAAAUCUAGAGCAGUCGUUGUUAGAUGUGGAUCAUACAUCAGCUCGACUAAACUUUUUAACUCCUAGAUAUGUAAAUCGCAAAGGCGUUGCGUUGCCAACAAGCAGCGAAGAAACGAAACGCGCCAAGAGAGAAAACUUGGAGCAGAAACAGAUUCUUGUUGCUGAAUUAUGUGCUAUUCAUCCUUUUCCAGCGUCCUUAUGGAGACAAGCGGUCUGCUUGCCCUGUAUAUUGUAUAGAAUUAACGCUUUGUUGCUAGCUAAUCAAAUACGAUGUCAAGUUGCACAUAUGAUAAAUUUAGGGCAACAAAAUUUGAAUUCAGAUUUCGAAUGGCCGGCGUUAGAUUUUGGAUGGAGCUUGGCAGAAGUGUUGAAAAGAUCAAAGGAAACGGAAAAAGCAAAACAGAUUAAAAGUGAAAAUGGACAGGACAACUUGGCAUUAAACGAUACAGACGGCAGCGAGUGUCAGAACACGAUAUCUGAGCAAGACGUGAAUAACAAAUCACCAGUAUCGUGCAACGAGAUUGAAAAACCCACAGAGCUCGUGUCUAACGAUGCGCAAACCGAUGAGACGGAAGAAGAUAUUGCUGACGAGCGGAAGGAUGAUGAACUGGAGAUUGGCACGUGGUCAAACGACAUGGCAUGGUCAAACGACUUGACGUUGAGUCCCACGGAUUAUGAUGAGGAUAAUCUGAACUCGUUUCCUCUAAAUGUGACGGUCUUGCCGCAAGAUUUUGGUUGGAAUGACAUUCGAUACGGUUCGCCAACGUACGAAUCCGACUUGGAUGGUUACGAGUCAGAUGACAUAUAUAGCGAUGGCUUUGCCGACACGUCUGACGAAAGUGAGGAUGAAAGUAGAGGCUUGAAGAUUUCUUAUAUGGGGGAAAAUAUCGCCGAAGCUGUGGAGGAUGAGAAACAAAUAUGUAAGCAGGAGAUUAACAAAAAGAUCUUGGAUCUUUUAGAGACGGAAAAGACUUUCGAUAAUAAUUUUUGGAUGUACGCGGAAAAGGACGAAGAGUUAUUGCUUGCAAAGCAUAAGGAAGCGCAUUAUGAGUUCGCCAAGAGAAAGGAACACGAUAUAAUGACCGAUGGUACUUUCAUAUCUUGCAAUUCUGAAAUUACGAUUAAGAGAAGGAACUCGUCGAGUUGCCAAACUGAGUCCGAAAAACCGAAUUACAAGCAUAAAGACUACAUAGAAACUAUUGUAAGAAGAUUUACUGACGAGAUAUUAAAUAAGAAAUCCAUUGAAACUACUCGCAUGAUAAAAAAAGAGAUUGCCAAACCAAAUGAAAGAAAUUAUUUAAAUGACGGCCUGUUUAGUUUUGAUUAUCAGCCGGAAUUAAGAGGUCAUUCAGGACCAAGUCCUAGUCUGAUCCUGCAGGCUUUAACAAUGUCUAACGCGAACGACGGCAUUAAUUUAGAGCGGUUGGAGACAAUCGGCGACUCGUUUCUCAAGUAUGCAAUAACUACGUAUUUGUAUUGUACGUAUGACAAUAUUCACGAGGGGAAGCUUAGUCAUUUGAGAUCAAAACAGGUCAGCAAUUUGAAUCUUUAUAGACUUGGCAGGCAAAAAAUGCUCGGCGAGAGCAUGAUAGCAACCAAGUUCGAGCCGCAUGACAAUUGGCUACCUCCUUGUUAUUACGUUCCCAAAGAACUCGAGCAAGCAUUGAUCGAAUCUGGCGUUCCUUCCGCUCUGUGGAAUCAAGCCGACAUUCCUACCUUGCAAGCUGUGAAUCCCACCGAAAUAACUCAGCUCGUUAAAGAGACUGAGGAAAAACUCGUCAUUAUGAAGAGUGAACUAGAUAAAAACGAAAGUAGACUGUCGAACAAUUUAGAUAAUUUGCGGUGCUUCAUACCUUAUAAUUUAAUUACGCAGCACAGUAUCCCAGACAAAAGUAUCGCGGAUUGCGUAGAAGCACUGAUAGGGGCAUAUUUAAUUGCGUGUGGUCCUCGUGGAGCGCUUCUCUUCAUGACUUGGCUAGGGAUUCACGUUUUGCCCACCGAAGAAAUUUGCGCGAUAAGCGAGAACGAGCCGGAAAAAAGGAUACCCGGUAGUACGCCAUACAUAAAGGGAGUUAACGAACAUGGUGAAACUGCUUGGACGCAAAUUCGUUACGGAAAGUUGGAAGAACCGCAAAAUCCAUUGCUCCGUUACAUUCCUGAUCCAGAGAGCGAGUUGUGUAUGAUGCUCGACGGAUACGAAGACUUAGAAAACAGUAUAGGAUAUAAAUUUCGUGACAACAGUUAUCUUUUGCAAGCAUUUACGCAUGCCUCUUAUCAGCCAAAUAGAUUGACGGAUUGUUAUCAACGUUUAGAAUUUCUUGGCGACGCUGUACUAGAUUAUUUAAUAACUAGACAUUUAUACGAGGACUCUCGGCAACAUUCGCCAGGCGCUUUAACAGAUUUAAGAUCCGCAUUAGUUAAUAAUACGAUAUUUGCUUCUUUAGCUGUGAGAUGUGGUUUUCAUAAAUAUUUCCGUCAUCUCUCUCCUGGGUUAAGUGUAGUGAUAAAUCGCUUUGUCAGAAUACAGGAAGAAAAUGGACAUUCAAUUAGCGAAGAGUAUUAUUUGAUUGGCGAGGAGGAAUGUGAGGAAGCUGAGGAUGUAGAAGUUCCAAAGGCACUAGGUGAUGUUUUCGAGUCAUUAGCCGGCGCUAUUUACUUGGAUAGCGGAAUGUCUCUCGAUGCGGUGUGGAGUGUUUACUACACGAUAAUGAAGUCAGAAAUUGAACAAUUUAGCACAAAUGUUCCUAAAUCUCCAAUCCGCGAAUUAUUGGAAUUAGAACCUGAAACGGCAAAAUUCGGCAGGCCUGAGAAAUUGGCUGAUGGCCGUAGAGUUCGAGUGACUGUAGACGUGUUUGGUAAAGGUUCCUUUAAAGGAAUCGGACGAAAUUACAGAAUCGCAAAAUGUACAGCAGCUAAAUGCGCCUUGAAGAAGUUAAAGAGCAAAGUACAGAACUAUCCAAGGCAAAAACUAUGACAAAGUUUGUAAUUUGUAAAAUGAUAAGAAAACAAGGAAUUGACGAGCGGGAUGCUUAUGUCUCAAGAUUAUUACGUUCACGAGUGUACUUACGAACUUACAAUGUUAAAAGUAAGUUUCGCUAGAAAGAUAGAACGUUAUAUCAGUGCAGUAUGAUGAUUUAGAUAGAUCUAAUCUUAACGAAGAAGCUGUUACAUUCGAGCCUAAUCGUGUUAAUUGCAUCGACAAUUAACAAGUUGGAUAUAAUAUGAAAUAGGAAUAAAUAAAUAAUUACAUGUGACUGAUAAUAAAGUAUAAAGAUGAGAGAGGUAGAGAACAUUUGAAAUAUUUUAUUCAGUACUAUGCAAUGCGUAAAAUGCAAUGUUAUCUCGUCUUAAACUUUGUGUCCAAGAUGCUAAACCUUGAUCCGAGUCCUCAAUCCAAGAAAUGUAUAGUCAAUCAACUUGCAACUUUUAAAUGGAAAAACGGCAAUUGGUAUACAUUUCUCGGGCCGGAAUCUAGCAUUACGGACACAAGGCUGUAAAGUCUUGAUAGUCGAUUAGAUAUCUUUUUUAGGUAUCUAAUUAGGUAUCGAUUAGGGAUCGAAUUUAUAAAAUAUAUUCUUUUACAUUUGUCUGUAGAAAUAAAACGAGUUAUCUUCAUUUUGAUUAUAUUCUUUUCGAAUCGCGUUCAUUAUUCGAAAGUAUGAUUAUUCGCUUUUUUUAAAACGUUGCAGCAUCAAAACAUUUUGAAAACGCAUAUUACGUCCAUAUAUUUCUUCGAUUUAGGCCUGUGUUGAUUUAUCAAAAUAUUUUAUAUAAUUAUCGUCAUCCUAAAACUCUAGUCAUGCUAGUGCUGUUGAUCGUUUUAUAAUCUCUAAUAAGAAAAUCUUGAUACAUAUGUACUGCAGUAACUGAAGAUUAAUCUGGAGACGGUCAUAUCCUCUAUGUAGUAUACUAAUCGCGUUAAGUAUAUAUAAUUAUCUUUUUUUUUCUUUCAAAUUGUUUUUGCCACUAAUCUUUCAUAAAAUAUUUUAUAUAUGUUUAUUAUAAAAACUUAAAGCUCAUUUAUAUUUGAUUUAUAUUUGAUAAUAUUGUAUGAAACUUUGCAAUGAUAUUCGCAUUAUUUAUUGCAAAAUUAAUCUUUAGCAUGUUAUGUAUAUCUUGAGUCGACAGAUAGUCGCUUCCGACUUAAGAAGCAAGAGAAAAACUUUCAUAUUUAUAUGAAUAUGUAUGAUAGGUCCAAAAAUCUAUAAUUAAUUUUCCUGCUGAAGUUACGCGUACACACAUACAUACACGGUCUGUCGCAAAAAUAAUCGAACUUUUUAAAAAUAACAAAACAGAUUUAAUACUUUUUUUAGCACAAAAACAAAUUACUUUGUUACACUAUUAACCGGAUUUGCAUCGUAUUCGUCGGUUUAUCGUGUAAUUACUUUCCGUUUUUACGGCUCCAAAUAUCUAUGAAAGCGUUCCACUCUUCCAGCCAUCUAAAAGGCCAAGGAGUAUCAAAACGUUUCACAAAAGAACAUAGAAAAUCUUUUAAUGCAUUUUAAAAAGUUCGGUUGUUUUUGCGACAGACCGUGCACAUACAUAUACAUACAAACACGAAAGAAAAAUUUCUACAGCAGCUCAAGGAUCGGUAAAACUACAUUGAAAAUAUCACGAAAUAGUGAUAUAGCAUCAACUCUUAGCAUUAUUCCAUUUCUUCUAGUGUAAUGCAGAUUACUACCCAUAGAAUAAGCACGUUAAAUAAAAGUCUUGUGACUUUUAUUGUGAAUUUUGUAAGAGAAUGGAUAAAUAAAAUGUUUUGUAACAUA